AUGACGACGACGACGACAAAGAAGUCCAAAUUAUCAGUGAGAAAAGAUACAUUAUUCAAGAAACCUUCUUCUUCUUCUUUAUACGAGUCACGAGCCAAGACUCUUCUCAAGAAAGCAUUCGAGCUCUCGGAGUUAUGCGGUAUCGAUCUGUGCAUCAUCUGCUACGACCGUGAAGGCAACCUCGUGAAGACGUGGCCUGAGAACAACGACGAAGCCCAGGUUAAAGCCAUGGCCGAGAGAUUCAGCAGGUUAAGCGAACAAGAAAGAAACAAGAAAAGCACCAACCUCUCUCUGUUUCUUAACAAGAAGAUGGUGGAUGAGAAGAAAGCAUCUCUCAAAGCAAACGACAACAAAUUCGAGAAGAAAGUGUUCGUGAUUGAGGAUUCCUUGGAGACUCAGUUAACGAUAUUCCGAGAAAAUAUUCAGCGAUUACUUCUUCAAUCUGGUCAAGAUCACGGAGUUGUUUCAACGUAUCUAGGUUCUAAUCCGUCUCUAAUUAAUGUGGAUCAAUAUCAACCAAUCGAGAGCCCAGCUGAUCUACCUACUACGUCUUCUUCCUCCUCCUCGGUGAAUCGUCCGAGCAACUUCUCAAUCUUGUUGUUUAACCAUGACACUGCCACUUUCACACAAUUGGCCAACACCUCUGCUCUUCCUCCUAGCUUUGAGCAACCGCUGUUUCCGUUUUAA